AUGGCAGCCAACCUUGAAGCGCCUGGCGCCCCAGCCGAACGCAUUACCUCCACAGCCUCUACCAUCACCGAUUACGCCUAUCCCUACGGCCAUCUUGGACAUCUUACACAAAAGCAGGAAGAAGCAUUUCUUCAAUUUAAGAAAGUUCUUGAGGAGAGAGGUCUUUUGACGCCUGGUCCUCCACCUUCUCACGAUGACCCUUUGAUCCUACGAUACUUGCGUGCGCGACGAUGGGAUGUUGAGGGUGCUUAUACCCAAUUUAAAGAGACGGAAGACUGGCGCAAGGCCAACGAUUUGAACACCUUAUACGAUACCAUUGAUCUCGGCGCCUAUGACUUCAGCCGUCGCUUAUACCCCCAAUGGACAGGCCGACGCGAUCGUCGCGGAAUUCCUCUUUAUGUCUUUGAAGUCAAGACCCUCGACUCCAAGACCGUGCACGAGUAUGAAAAGGUCGGCGCAUCAAGUACCUUUUCCCAGGCCAAAUCCGACGGCAAGACUCCCAACGGUCUUCUACGACUAUUCGCUCUCUACGAGAACUUGACUCGUUUCAACAUGCCCUUCUGCACCCAGCUCCUCGACCGCGAACACCCCGAAGUCCCCAUCACGCUGAGCACCAACAUCGUCGACAUUUCUGGCGUCGGUCUCAAGCAGUUCUGGAACCUGAAGCAGCACAUGCAGGCUGCGUCGCAACUCGCCACGGCGCAUUACCCCGAAACGCUGGAUCGCAUAUUCGUUAUUGGCGCGCCUGCGUUCUUCAGCACUGUCUGGGGUUGGAUCAAGCGCUGGUUCGAUCCUAUCACUGUUUCCAAGAUCUUUAUCCUUGGCAGCCAUGAGGUCAAGUCUGUGCUGGAGCAGUACAUCGAGCCUAAGAACAUUCCUAAGAAGUAUGGCGGCCAGCUUGAUUACAGUUUUGGAGAGCUUGGAAACCCUGAUCCUAACUGGGAGGGUGUUGUCGUUUUCGAGAACGGCCACAAAACUUUCCCUAGCGGACCUUUGCUGUGGGAGGAGGAGGGUGAGGAUCGACUCGUCUGUGUUGCUAAGGGCUCCAAGGGCGGCAAGGUCCGAAACGAGAGAAUCUGCACCAUUCCCAAGACCUUUGGAUUGGCGCCCGAGGUUAAGAUUGCUGGCGUCAACGCACCAGCUGAGGGUCCUGUCGACGCCGUCCCUAAUGGCACUGCCCAUCCCACCGAGGGAGCCACCCACAGCGACGGCGUUCAGACCGACGAAAGCCUGAGCAACGAUGUUAACGAGAAGUUGAAGCUUCAGGAAAACCAGCCUGUUGCACCCCAAACCACCACCACUGCGUAA